AGCGUCCAGCGUCCAGCGCUCGAGGCCCGGUACGCUCUUGAAGUCGUCCUACACUCAGAUUCACCACACCACCAUGUCAGCUCCUCCGCCCCCUCCAUCCUUUCCCAGUCACAUCCCGCCACCUCCCUCUGCUUCAUCAACCAAUCCUCCUCCUCCUGCUCCUCCGCCGCCUUCGAUCUUGACUGAUGAUCCACCAGCUGCACCAGCACCAAAUGCCACCUCGGAUUCCACAUUCACGAGGGCACCUGCUCCGAUUCCAAAGCGUGCUCCCCUGAGCAUAGAAGAGAUCAUGCGGGAGAAGCGCGAACAAGAGGCAGCAGCCAGCAAGCCAAAGUUUCUCACGAAAGAGCAGCGAGCAGCCCUGGCUUUGGAAAAGCGGGCAAAAGAAGUUGAGGAGAAGAGACGCAAACAAGACGAAGAAAGACGAGCACGCGAACAGCUCUUCAAUGGGGGCUCAGGUCGGCAGAGCGACGGAUAUGAUGCGUACAGAGAUGGAUCAAAUGCUUCGAUGUACGCUGCACCACCAACCGCACCGCCCACAGGCCCUCGGCAUAUGCAGGGUAGGAUACCCAACGGACCGGCAGCAUACAGGACGGGCAAUAGUAUGAAUGCGCCUGGGAACAUGGCACCGCCCUCGACAAUCCCGGUUAAACGGCCUGCGGUCAAUGAUGCGCCUGCACCUGGGGAGGACAAGGAGUUCGAAGAUAUUCGUGCCCGUUACAUGGGCAAUCAAGAGCAGAAGAAGAAAAAGCGGCGAGUAGCUGGGAAGUUCACCUUCGACUGGUCAGCUGAGGACGACACCUCGGAUACACGGAAUGAUAUGUAUUCAACCAAGCAAGACACGCUCAUGUUUGGUCGGGGCAGGCUAGGAGGUUUUGAGAAGGGCGAAGUGGAAGGCAGAAAGGUGAACUGGGACAACAAGCACUGGUCGGAAAAGCCAUUGGAUGCCAUGAAGGAACGUGAUUGGCGUAUCUUCAAAGAAGAUUUCAAUAUUGCUGUCAGAGGUGGCGGUAUCCCCAAUCCGAUCCGAAAUUGGCAGGAGGCAGGGUUGCCCAAACAGGUCUUGAAGGUCAUCAACCAAGUUGGUUACAAAGACCCGUCGCCAAUUCAGCGCGCCGCUAUUCCCAUUGGACUUCAGUCUCGUGAUCUCAUUGGUAUCGCCGAGACAGGAUCCGGAAAAACGGCCGCGUUCAUCAUCCCCUUACUUGUGUAUAUCUCUUCUCUUCCGCCUAUCACUCCGCAAAACGCUAGCGAUGGACCGUACGCUAUUGUUCUUGCACCAACCCGUGAACUUGCACAACAGAUUGAAGUAGAGGCGAAGAAGUUCGCCCAGCCCAUGGGAUAUACUGUUGUUUCUAUUGUUGGCGGUCACUCGCUGGAGGAGCAAUCAUUCAACUUGCGAAAUGGAGCGGAGAUUGUCAUCGCAACACCCGGACGUCUGCUUGAUUGUUUGGAGCGUCGUGUAUUGGUAUUGUCGCAAUGCACGUACAUCGUAAUGGAUGAAGCUGACCGAAUGAUCGAUAUGGGUUUUGAGGAGGCUGUGAACGGCUUGCUUGAUGCCCUUCCAGUGCACAACAUGAAACCCGAUACCGACGAUGCAGAGAACUCACAACUGAUGAGUAUGAUGCUCGGUGGUAAGGAAAGAUACCGACAAACUGUCAUGUUCAGUGCUACUAUGCCUCCAGCUGUGGAGCGCCUUGCGAGAAAAUAUCUGCGGCGACCGGCUAUUGUUACCAUCGGUAAUGCCGGUCAGAUUGUCGAUACUGUCGAGCAGCGCGUUGAGAUGAUAUCACCAAGCGAGGAGAAGCGCAGACGUCGCUUGGAGGAGAUUCUGAACUCGAACCAAUACCAGCCGCCAGUCAUUAUCUUUGUUAAUCAGAAGAAGAAUUGUGAUGCUCUAGCGAAGUCGUUAGUACGGGUUGGUUGGAAUGCGGUUACAAUGCACGGUGGAAAAUCUCAAGAGCAGCGUGAGAGUGCCCUGCUCCAACUGCGUAACGGCCAAGCGGAUUGUUUGGUCGCAACGGACCUCGCUGGUCGUGGUAUUGAUGUGCCGAAUGUAUCGCUUGUGGUCAACUUCAAUAUGGCGAAGACCAUUGAAGACUACACUCAUCGUAUCGGACGUACAGGUCGUGCCGGUAAGAGUGGUGUGGCAAUCACGUUUGUGGGACCGGAUGAUACGGACAUCUAUUACGACCUUAAGCAGGCGCUGCUGAAGAGCAGUAAGAGCAGCAUACCGGAUGAGCUUCGCCGUCAUGAAGCCGCAUCCAGUAAGCCAAAUAGGAGUGCACCGAAGAAACCUACAGGGGAUGAGAGCACUGGAACAUCUAUGCGUUGGGCGUGAUUCCCUUCUUGCGUCACGAAUAUAGUAGUAGCAUACCG